AUAAAAGUUCUCUGUUAACUCUCUGAGCUUUGAUAAUCAAUGAGUGAUUAAUUCUCUUGGCAAUCGAAGAAAGCUUUUUUUCAGUUUGCCGACACACAUUAGAUUAGAUUGUGUUCAUUUGCGGAAAGACCUCGGUCAUGGACGGAGUGGAACCGUGAAAAUGCGCCUCAGCUCCGCUUGGCUGGCACUCGGCAUGUGCCUGUUAUUGCAUCCAAGUCUAGACUUUAACCUGGCAGAGGGAGCCAACAUCCUGGGAGUAUUUCCAUACCACUACGGAUCCGCAUUUCUGGUGGUGAGGCCGUGGAUCGAGGCACUUUUGGAACGAGGCCACAAUGUCACUCUAAUCACUCCCGAUGAAAUGCUUCCCGAUAUCGAGGGAGUUCGACAUAUUCGUGUUAACAACCUGAGAAAACACGCUCGAGAAUUUGCUGGGACUCAUGAAUUUCUGGACUUCUUGAGCAACAAAUGGAAGGAGGCCAAUUUGGCUGCUACAAUAUAUUUUAAUAUAACCCAUGAUAUUCUGAGUGACAACGGCGUUCAGAAAAUGUUGAGCGACAAAAGUGAGAGGUUUGAUUUAAUCCUAAUGGAUGCAAGCAACCUGGAUGCACUGUACGGCCUGGUGGAGUACUAUAAUGCCACUUUAAUUGGCUUAACAAGUACAACUAUUAACUGGUUAAUCGAAGAACUGGCGGGCAAUCCAGCGCCAAGUCUCAAUGAACCGAUUUCCCAAAUAGGCUACUCCAGAGAUUACUCGAUCAUGAGCAGAAUUAAGAACUGGCUUCACAUCAACGAGGAGAAGUUGAUGGAGUAUCUUGUGAUAUUACCAGCUCAACUGCGAGUCUUCAAGAAGUUCUUCGGGUAUACGACUGAGAAGUUCUAUGAAUUGCGCGGCAGGUAUUCGCUGAUACUGGUCAACAAUCAUUUCAGCUUGGGCAAAGUGCGAUCCAAUGUGCCCAAUCUCAUCGAGGUGGGUGGAAUUCAUCUAAGCCAACGGCCAGAACCGUGCGAUGAGAGCCUGCAGAAGUUCAUGGACGAAGCGGAGCACGGUGUCAUCUAUUUCUCGUUGGGGCAGGACAUAAUGGUGAGGUUUCUUCCAGAUUCCCUCCAACAAACCGUGAAUAUGGCUUUUGCAAAGCUAAAGCAGCGCGUUGUUUGGAAGAACGAGCUCUUCAAAAUGCCAAAAAUAUCGGAGAACAUAUAUGCUCUGGACAAAGUCCCCCAACGUCAGAUUCUAGCCCAUUCGAAUGUGCGUCUCUUUAUCACAAAUGGAGGACUUCUGAGUGUAAUCGAGGCGGUGGACAGUGGAGUUCCAAUACUCGGACUACCGGUGUUCUUUGACCAAUUUAACAAUUUGCGUCGAGCGCAGUUGGCAGGCAUGGCAGUGGUCCUGGACAUAAACAAUCUGGAUGUAGAUACUCUUGUUAAAACAAUUAUAGAACUGAUAGAAAAUUCAAAGUACGCUUUAAAUGCUAAUAAAAUAUCCAUGACUUUUAAGGACCGACCCAUGAGUCCUUUGGAUACGGCUGUCUGGUGGACGGAGUACGCUCUACGUAAUCGGGAUAUAUCCCACAUUCGCCUCGAUGUCGAGGAGAUUCCACUGAUACAUUACUACAGAAUAGACAGCAUCCUCACUAUCGCCCUUCGAUAUGUAUUGAUUGCUGGGUCGGUGAUCUUUCUCGUUUUAGUUUGCUUAAAAACUUACAAGUCGCCCGGUUUAGGUUACCGAUUGCACUAUAACUUAUCAAUAAAAAUUGUGAGAAUGCGCCUCGAGUUUUCUUGGCUGGCUGUCGUGCUCAGUCUGUUCCUGCAACAGGAUGUGUACCAGGACUCGGUGCAGGCUGCCAGCAUCCUCGGCAUAUUUUCCUACCACUUCAGCUCACAUAGUUUGGUGCUGCGUCCAUUGGCGAGGGCUCUAGUGAAACGGGGACACAAUGUGACGUUGAUCACACCAGUUGGAAUGCCGGCCGAUAUCGAGGGAGUUCGACAUAUACGCGUUCCCAAGCUAAAUCAACGCGUCCAGGAAAUGAUCGAGUGUGAUCAAAUGAUGGACUUCUUUGGCAGCAAAUGGAUAGCAGGCUGGUUGGCAGUGACAAUGCUCUACAAUAUGUCCUCAGAUAUUCUGAGUGCCGAAGGCGUCCAACGGAUGUUAAAGGACAGGAAUGAACACUUUGACUUGGUUAUGAUGGAACCGUCUGCCCUGGAAGCGCUUUAUGGCAUAGUGGAGUACUAUAAUGCCACCUUGAUGGGCUUUUGCGGUGGUAAUGUCAACUGGAGCACCGAGGAAGUCGCUGGAAAUGUGGCGCCAAGCAUCAGUGAUCCCAUCUCCUCUUUAGGAUAUUCCCGAGGCAAUUCGCUCCUGAGCAAAAUCUACAACUGGGUGCAUAUCACAGAGGAAAAGUUGCUAACACACCUGAUUGUCCGACCAUCGCAACUGAGCAUCUUUAAGAAGUUUUUUGGCUAUUCGGAGCAGAAGUUUUACCAAAUGCGGGACAAGUAUUCCGUGAUCUUGGUCAACAACCACUUCAGUAUGGGCAGGGUGCGAUCUAAUGUACCGAACAUCAUAGAAGUCGGAGGACUGCAUCUCAGCGAGCCACCCAAGUAUUGCGAUGAGAAAUUGCAGAGAUUUAUGGACGAGGCGGAGCACGGUGUUAUCUACUUCUCGAUGGGACAGGAGAUAAUGGUGCAGUUUUUGCCCGAGAACAUGCAGCAAAACCUAAUGAAGACUUUAAUCCAAUUCAAGCAGAGGGUCGUUUGGAAAACUGAACUCUAUAAUAUGCCAAACAAAUCGGACAAUAUAUAUGUGAUUGAACAGCCUCCACAGCGUGCUGUUCUAGCCCAUCCCAAUACUCGGCUUUUCAUCACAAACGGCGGACUGCUAAGUGUAAUGGAGGCUGUUUAUAGUGGAGUGCCCAUCUUGGGAUUACCAGUGUUCUUCGACCAGUUUAUUAAUCUGCGGAAUGUUGAUCUGCGUGGCAUGGCCGAGGUUCUGGACGUCAAUGAGUUGAGCGUAGAUAUACUGACUACAACCAUUCGGGAGCUGCUGGAAAACCCUAAAUAUACUCUGAAUGCCAAGAAAAUGUCGCAAUCCUUCAGGGACCGACCCAUGAGUCCUUUGGACACUGCAGUUUGGUGGACGGAAUACGCACUGCGAAAUGGCGAUGCCUCACAUAUGCGUCUCAAGACGGAGGAUGUUCCUCUCUACUACCAAUGGGAUUGGCUGUUCCUAAUAAUUCUACGGUUUGGUAUUGUUUUUGCAUCUGUGAUCUAUUUGUUGUACAAGUUGUUCCAAAAAAGUCGUUCAAGCCGAAGGCCAAUCCAAGAUAGAGGAACUGCUUUUCAGCAGCUUAGCUUGCUUGAUCCAAGAUACCAAACACAAUAAUGUUACUUACUACAAGUAUUGUUUUCUGUUCCUGCUGUUAACUAUGUUAACUAGCUACCUGUUAAUAAAUAUAAGUUGAUCUUAAAAGUGUGCUUGAAAAAUCGUUUGUUAACGCAAACUUCAUAGCAUAAGUUCAUUUGGCACAUAACAACUUUGUUCACUACAUUGAAUUAUAUCCACUUAUAUAAAAUAUAAAUCCAAGAAAUUGUAGUUUUAUCUAUUUUAAAA